UUUAUUUUGACAACGAAACCAAACGAAACUAAAAGAUGUUCUGUAUCUCUCAUCCUCUUCGUUUUCUGUGUAAUCGAUAAUAACAAUUUUGCACUGUUGUUUAAUUUUAAAUUUUUUAGUUAUACCGUAUAUCAGAAAACUUACUAAGAGGCUGCGCAAAAUUUCGACAAACUUUGAUAACUUAGGAUUUGACAAAUCGUAGACUUAAUAAUGGCUGGUUAUGCCAAUCAAAAUGAAUAUGCUUGGUUACCACCUGAUAAUAGCCAAAAUUAUACUUUUGAUAGUACCGCAAAUAAUUUUGCAGAUUCCUCACAAACCUUAGAUUUUCAAACAUUUUUACCAGAGAGGAGUUUCGCAUAUGACCAAGCUCAAGUCCCAUUAGUACCCCCUAAUAAUAAUCAAGGUUAUCAUCCUAACAUUUUUACCCCUGCGGCUAUUCCAAGAGAAGCAAAUGCAACAAUUACAGAAUUUGAUGAACCACCACUACUAGAUGAGCUGGAAAUAUACCCUGAUAGGAUAUUAGAAAAAACAUUAGCAGUACUUAAUCCAUUCCAUGGCCAAUCUAAAGCAGAUGAUGCAAACUUCUUACUCAGAGAUACUGACAUUGCAGGUCCUAUUGCAUUUUGUUUAGCUUUGGCUGUUUGUCUUUUCCUUUCGGGCAAUAAGGCACAUUUUGGUUAUGUUUAUGGGCUCUCUGUAAUGUCAGUUAUUCUGAUGUAUUGUUUGUUGUCACUUAUGAGUCGUACAGAAGGGGUUUUUACUGUUUUAAGUGUUGCAAGUGUUCUAGGAUACUGUAUGUUGCCGAUGGUUGUACUUGCCACUUUGGGAAUAUUUAUAUCUCUGGAAGGAACUGUUGGUUUAAGUCUAUCCGCUGUUGCUGUCAUAUGGUCUGCUCUUUCAGCAAGUAGACUAUUUGUUACAAUGUCUGGAGACACAGAACAGAGGCCUCUCAUAGCAUAUCCUUGUGCGCUUGUCAAUGGAGUGUUUGCUCUGUUAGUACUAUUUUAAACUAAUGACUUAAUCUAUUUUUCUGAAAUUUUAUUAUGUAUUAAAUAUAUUCUUAUUCAACAUACAG